AGAAGAAGAGAAAGGUGGGAGGAAGGAGAAGGAGGCGGCAGCAGCUGUGAGGCUGCGAGCCACGGCUGAAGCCUAGACCUCUGACAUGGCCGCAGCCUCACCAAGAUCUGAUACAAGYAACAACCGUAAUGGAAGAUUACAGAUGCAAGUAACAGUUUCUAGUGCCAAACUGAAACGGAAAAAGAAUUGGUUUGGAACAACUUUCUACACAGAAUUAACUGCAGAUGGAGAAAUUAAGAAAACAGCAAAAUCAAGUAGUUCUUCAAAUCCAAAAUGGGAUGAGCAGCUGACAGUGAAUGUGACUCCACAGACUACGCUGGAAUUUAGAGUGUGGAGCCAUCACACUUUAAAAGCAGAUGCUUUGUUAGGAAGAGCCACUGUAGACUUGAAACAAGCUUUGGAAAUACACAAUAGAAAAUUGGAGAAGGUGAAAGAACAAUUGAAACUGUCUUUGGAAAACAAGAGUGGCAUGGUGCAAACAGGUGAACUGACAGUUGUGCURGAUGGUUUGGUUGUUGAACAAGAAGCUCUUACAAAUCUCAGUUCAUCAGCAACCAUAGAAGUUCAGCAAAAUGGCGAUGCUGUGCAUGAAAGCAGAGAUUCUUCAGCAAGAGGUUCAUCCAGAUCUGCUUGUGACAUUUCUAAUGGGAUAGACAAUCAAGUACCUUCCAACUCUGUAGUACAGAAUGCAUUCUGUGUAGAAGCUGUUAAUGGAGACAGUACACCAUCUCCUGUUCACGUUACAGACAGACCCAAAAAUACACCAGUACCAAAACCACUUGAAGCUCAGCCUGUCAACAGCACUGUUAACGGCGAGUCAUCUGCCUCUGCACCUGAAGCUAGUAGUUCUUCUGUCUCUGAGGCUCCGACGGGUUCAGAUGAAGCUCCUGUGGUUUCAGCAGAUUGCACUAAUGAUACAGCAGAACCUCAGUCAGCAACAGAAGCAACCAGUUGUUCUGAAAGCCACACUUCUGCAUCCCCUGUUGUGUCUGCUGGACUAGAACCUGCAGCUGCAACAGACUGUGCUCAGCCUAAUGCUCGAAACAGUAUAGCAGCAGAUGCAGCAAAGCCAAGGGAAUCCUCCUCCACGCCAAGUGUAUCUGCAGAACCUGUAAGGCAGCAGCCUGGUAGUACCAGUACAGAACCUUUGCCACCAGGGUGGGAGCAAAGAAAAGAUCCUCAUGGUAGAACCUAUUAUGUUGAUCACAACACACGAACUACAACAUGGGAAAGACCACAGCCCUUACCUCCUGGCUGGGAAAGAAGAGUUGAUGAUCGUGGUAGAGUUUACUAUGUGGACCACAACACCAGAACGACAACGUGGCAGCGACCAACAAUGGAGUCAGUGAGGAACUUUGAGCAAUGGCAAUCUCAACGGAAUCAACUGCAGGGAGCUAUGCAACAAUUCAACCAACGAUACCUCUAUUCGGCUUCGAUGUUGUCAGCAGAAAAUGAUCCACUUGGGCCUUUACCACCAGGUUGGGAAAGGAGAGUGGAUUCAAAUGAUAGGGUGUAUUUUGUAAAUCAUAACACAAAGACAACACAGUGGGAAGACCCUCGAACUCAAGGUUUACAAAAUGAGGACCCUCUUCCAGAGGGCUGGGAAAUCAGAUAUACCAGAGAAGGUGUCAGAUAUUUUGUUGAUCAUAAUACAAGAACCACCACCUUCAAUGAUCCUCGUACUGGGAAAUCUUCUGUAAAUAAAGGGCCACAGAUUGCUUAUGAGCGUAGCUUUAGGUGGAAACUUGCUCACUUCCGUUACUUGUGUCAGUCCAAUGCACUGCCAAGUCAUGUGAAAAUCAAUGUAUCCAGACAGACUUUAUUUGAGGAUUCCUUCCAGCAAAUCAUGGCAUUAAAACCCUAUGAUUUGAGGAGAAGAUUAUAUGUUAUAUUUAGAGGAGAAGAAGGAUUGGAUUAUGGUGGCUUGGCAAGAGAAUGGUUUUUCUUGCUUUCCCAUGAAGUACUGAACCCUAUGUACUGCCUAUUUGAAUAUGCUGGCAAGAGCAACUAUUGCCUGCAGAUAAAUCCAGCAUCAACAAUCAAUCCUGACCAUCUUUCAUAUUUCUGUUUCAUUGGGCGCUUUAUUGCCAUGGCAUUGUUUCAUGGGAAAUUUAUUGACACUGGUUUUUCUCUGCCUUUCUACAAACGAAUGCUGAGCAAAAAACUUACUAUUAAGGAUCUAGAAUCUAUUGAUACUGAAUUUUACAACUCCUUAAUUUGGAUAAGGGAUAAUAACAUUGAGGAGUGUAACUUGGAAAUGUACUUCUGUGUAGAUAUGGAGCUCUUAGGAAAAGUAACCUCACAUGAACUGAAAUCAGGUGGUUCAAAUAUCUUGGUAACUGAAGAGAACAAAGAAGAAUAUAUUGGGCUAAUGGCAGAAUGGCGAUUUUCUCGGGGAGUUAGAGAACAAACCAAAGCUUUUCUUGAUGGUUUUAAUGAAGUAGUUCCUCUACAAUGGCUACAUUAUUUUGAUGAAAAGGAACUGGAGGUUAUGCUCUGUGGUAUGCAAGAAGUUGAUUUAGCAGACUGGCAGAGGAACACUGUUUAUCGUCAUUACACAAGGAACAGCAAGCAGAUCAUAUGGUUCUGGCAGUUUGUAAAAGAAACAGACAACGAAGUUCGCAUGCGACUUCUGCAGUUUGUCACUGGCACUUGCAGAUUACCACUGGGUGGAUUUGCUGAACUUAUGGGAAGUAAUGGUCCUCAGAAAUUCUGCAUUGAAAAAGUUGGUAAGGAAACCUGGUUACCAAGAAGUCACACUUGUUUUAAUCGUUUGGAUUUGCCACCAUAUAAAAGCUAUGAACAACUAAAAGAGAAGUUGCUCUUUGCCAUUGAAGAAACAGAGGGAUUUGGUCAAGAGUAGAAGUGGCUUCUAGUCAAAAAGGAUAUCUUGCAUAAUAAAAGGCCCAGCCAACUAAAAUUGCACACUUAAUUGUAUAUAAGCUUUUUGUUCUGUACAGUGAUCUUUCUGGAACUCUACAAGUUUAAUUGUUCUCCGUUCUUCCACAAAUAUAUGCAAAACAGUUCAGCCUUUUCUACUUUUAUUUAUUGCCCUUUCAAAAGACCAGAAAACCCCCUCCAUAAAUUUUGAAAGCAGACAAGAGACUUAUUUAAAAUAUAUAUAUAAAAAAUAUAAAUAUAUAUACUAAUGGGCUCUAGUUUUAUAGAGCUUUAAGUGUAUGAAAAGUUGCAGCCAUUUAAAAGGGCCUGGAUUUGCUUUAUCUUGGCUUUAUCAUYCAGAAAAAUGUUUAAACUGCUCAGUGUUCUCCUAAGAAACAUCUCCAAGUUUGUUUUACUGCAUGGCUAUUCUAAAAGGUGUUAAAGGCUUAGGCCAAACGUAUCUUAAAAAUGUAGAAAGAUGCUGCUGGUAUUUGAGACAACAGAAUCUGUUGUUCUAUCAGUUUAAUUUUUUCAAAUACGUAAAUAGCUGAUAUAUCCCUCUCUACUGAUGUAGCCAAGGUCAUGAAUGAAGCCUUUACUACGUGCACAAGAGUCAUGUACAAUGAGAUGAAUGUGAUUUAAUGUUGAAAGGAAUUGGUGCCACUGUUCUGACUUAUUGCAGGAGCUGAACAGAGUCUUUUAAUUCAUUUGAGCAGCAUUGAAAUUUGUUUACAUAGUACCUUGGGUUAUUACCACGAGGAUGUUAGGUAAUCUUCAAAGAAAAAAUAAUAAAAGAGAAAAUAUUACCCAUUC